GGCAGCGUCGUCGUCAUGGCUGCCGCCAUGUUUUGCCGAGGGGGGGUCAGCGCCGCCGCGAGACAGCUGGGGCGGGUUCACGACGGCCCCCGCGCCGGCCUCAGCGCCGCUGCCAAGGUUUUUGGUGGAAGUUCAAGUUUGUUUAAUAGUUACGUGUUUCAAGUGCAGCAGCGAAGGAACUUAUCACUGCAUGAAUACCUCAGCAUGGGACUAUUGAAGGAAGCUGGAAUUUCUGUUCCGUAUGGAUUAGUUGCGAAGACACCAGAGGAAGCUUACAAAAUUGCAAAAGAAAUAGGUACAAAAGAUCUUGUUGUAAAGGCACAAGUUUUAGCUGGCGGCAGGGGAAAAGGAACCUUCGAAGGUGGCCUCAAAGGAGGAGUGAAAAUAGUAUUUUCUCCAGAAGAAGCAAAAGAGAUUUCCUCCAAAAUGAUUGGCAAAAAGCUGUACACCAAGCAGACUGGAGAAAAGGGCAGGAUAUGCAAUCAAGUAUUUAUCUGUGAGCGGAGAUAUCCCAGGAGAGAAUAUUAUUUUGCAAUAACAAUGGAACGAUCAUUUCAGGGUCCAGUGCUCAUUGGCAGUGCUCAGGGUGGUGUCAAUAUUGAAGAUGUGGCUGCAGAGAAUCCUGAUGCAAUAGCUAAGGAACCUGUUGACAUUGUGGAAGGCAUAAAAAAGGAGCAAGCCAUCAGGCUGGCCAAGAAAAUGGGAUUUCCUGCUAACUUGGUAAAUGAAGCAGCUGAUAAUAUGAUUAAGAUAUACAACCUCUUCAUUAAAUUCGAUGCAACUAUGGUAGAAAUUAACCCCAUGGUUGAAGAUUCCACAGGGAUUGUGAUGUGUAUGGACGCAAAGAUAAAUUUUGAUAGCAAUUCGGCUUAUCGUCAGCAGAAAAUCUUCGACCUGCAGGACUGGACCCAGGAAGAUCAGCGAGACAGGGAUGCAGCGAAGGCAGACCUCAAUUAUAUAGGAUUAGAUGGCAGCAUCGGAUGUUUGGUGAAUGGAGCUGGUCUUGCGAUGGCUACAAUGGAUAUAAUUAAACUUCAUGGAGGCACACCAGCAAAUUUUCUUGAUGUUGGAGGUGGUGCUACAGUGCAACAAGUAACUGAGGCAUUUAAACUUAUUACUUCAGAUAAAAAGGUACAGGCUAUUCUGGUAAAUAUUUUUGGAGGCAUUAUGCGAUGUGAUGUAAUUGCACAGGGCAUAAUUAUGGCAGUAAAAGAUUUGGAUCUAAAAAUACCUAUUGUUGUACGAUUACAAGGUACACGAGUUGAUGAUGCCAAAGCUUUGAUAACAGAUAGUGGUCUGAAAAUACUUGCCUGUGAUGACUUGGAUGAAGCUGCUAAAAUGGUUGUGAAACUCUCUGAAAUAGUGACAUUAGCAAAGCAAGCUCAAGUGGAUGUUAAAUUUCAGUUGCCAAUCUGAUCAGACAUAUGGUUCAUGUCCCCAAAGCCCACAUUUCUCUCUCCCCCCCCCUAUUUUUUAAAAUUGCUUUUCUUUUAUUUCUCACCCCACUUUUGUGGUGGUUUUCAUGCUUGACAGGUUCACAUGUAUCACCUUUCUAGUAAUAUUGAAAAUGUUCAUUAUAAAAGUAUUGUUGUUUAUAUCUACUUAAUUGCAGCUUUAAAGCUGCAGAAGGAUGUUCUUGAUGUUUUUGUUUGUAAACAAAAAUAAUACCCAGCUGAAAAUGUAUUUCUUCCAAAUAAAAGUCUGGAGUCCACAGAACUUCUGUUUUUGUCAGUGUGAUUAAGAAAUUUAAUGACUAGACUCGCUAGUAAUACCCACUGCAGCUUUCAUAGGCUGGAGAAAAUUAUUCAGGAAAGACAGGUAAUACUAUGAUUGGUAAAAUAGAGGAAUAUAUAUAAAAAGAGAGCUUCGGCUGUGGGGCGGUAUAUAAAUGUAAUAAAAUAAAUAAAUAAAUAUAUCUAAAGUAUUUAUAUUCUGCAGUAAAUUGAAUUGAGUGCAUCACAUGUAUUUAUGAGCCUAUAUUUAUAGAAUACACUCAAUGCUUUCUGAAGUAACAGUUUCUUGAACAUUAUAAUUUAAUGCACUCUGACACAAGUGUUCAUGAUUUCUGGUACUUAUUUAUAUGAAUAAAUAAAGCUUAUUUCUUUUAGUGCUGGGCAGACAAAGUAUUUUUCUUCUUAAAGUUAAUAAAGUGUCUUAAAAGAGUUAA